UAAAUAAGCGGUGCCAAUCAAUCCAUUAUAAUCGUAGAAGAAGAGGAGUCCAUGUUGAAUUAAGACUGUUGCGUCUGAUGCAAGACAUUGUCAAACAUUACCAGAGCAGUUUGACUGUGGAAGUCGGGGGUUGUUUCCCCCCUCCAGAAGGUCACCUUCCUAGCUAGCUGGUUACUACUGGACGGGUAACGUUAUCCAGCCAGUGAUAUGGAAGUUGGGGGCAGUUUUAGAAAGUUUCAGCUAAAGUUAGCAUGCUAGCUAAGUAGCUUAGGAAGUGUUUUAAUUUGUUUCCCCCCUCACCCCUCCCCUUUCAUUUCAGUGAGUGUUGUUCGUCUGUAAAUACCUCUCGUAUGAAUACAUGGAUAUAAUAUAUAGCUAGAUGUCAACGUUACCGCUAUGUUAUUAGUAACCUAGCUAAGGUUAGCGAGCAGUAGCACUGCGUAUGCGAUGGAUUGUCUAUCGGCAUUUCUGUUUCGCUUGAAAAAGGUUGGUUCAUAGUUGCUUUAACUGGCUAAGUGAGUGUUUUUAUAGUUGAUUUGCAUUGUUGUUAUGCUUGCAACGUUAAUGUAAAAUGGCUAACUAUCAUUGAAUAGGCAGCAAGAAGCACUUUAAAAAAUAAAUAAAAAAGUUAUAAAAAGGGUGUAGCUAUAUAGAGGUCAUCGUGGGAUUAACGUUAACAGGUGUUUCAGUUGGGAGAGCUCAGCUUUAUUAAAGCCGCAUGCUAACCAGCCUUCACAAUGUUGGUAAUGUAUGAAAAGCUUCCCGAGCAACUCAAGAAAACCUCCCAUGCCAGAAAAGCAGUUAUCCUUCUCGUCGCUGCCUAUGGAAUCAAGAAACUCUACCCGUAUUUAUGGACUAAACUCAGGAAGAAUGUCGGGGGUACACCGCUCCCAGUCCCUCCCAUAAACUCUAACGGGGUGCUACUGGAGGGGUCAGAGAAACAAGUUAAGAAGAAAAGUAGUAACUCUCCGGCUGUGAACCAGGAGUUUCUGAAGAGGCUAAGUCACCUGCUUCGUAUCCUGUUUCCCCAGCUGUUCUGUAAGGAGUUGGGUCUGCUAGGGUUCCACUCCCUGGCUCUCAUCUCAAGAACCUUCCUCUCUAUCUACGUGGCCAACCUGGACGGCAUGAUAGUGAAGACUAUUGUGAAGAAGGACCCCCAGGCGUUUGUGUGGGAGUUGACAAAAUGGCUGCUCAUUGCUGUCCCGGCCACCUUUGUGAACAGCGCCAUCCGUUACCUAGAGGGACAGCUGGCCCUGGCCUUCCGCACGCGCUUGGUAACCCACGCCUAUGAGCUCUACUUCAGCAACCAAACAUACUACCGCGUCAGCAACAUGGACGGACGCCUCGCCAACCCAGACCAG